AUGGGCAACGCCCUGUGCCUGUCCCAGCGGGAAAAGAAGUCGCCGGAGCAGUAUGCCACAGCAGCGCGCGUCUCCCCCAUCCCGACGUUCCGCAAGCGCCGGCGCCCCAGCGGCGCCAACGCGCCCGCUUCGCUGCAAGACCUUUGUGUUGCCGUCGUCGCGGCAAACGCCGCCAGCCUCGACAUAUCUGUGCUGCCCUCGGAGCUGAUACAGCGCGUGGCGGACCAUCUCGUCGACGAGGGUGAGGGCGCGGCCACGCGCGGCAAGCUCGACCUCCGGCUGCUGCCGCACGCGCUGACGCCCUGGACCGACACCCUCAACCUGUCUAAGCUUGAGGGGGUCGAUGACGAGUGGCUCGCGCGCGUUGCCGUGUGCAACGGCCUGCGCGUGCUGGACAUCACAAACUGCAACCUG